AUGGCUUGGGCCGCGGGACUGGUCCGCUAUCCAGAGACUUGUCUGGUGUCAACGGCACGGGCAUCAAGUCUGUCGAGAAGUUCCAAGUGGCCGUUGAGCUCUUUGUUCAGGACCCGUGUGUGCAAGAAGGUUACGACGAAUACCGUACAGUCAAUUUUGGGAGCUUCGUGGCAAGUCCAGCCGUGGCAUGCUGCUGACCAGGAGUUCUCCAUGGACUCUGUGGUAGACGAGCUAAAGGUUCAGCAUCAUCCCCGGAACAACGCCGAUCGGGCAAGGCAAGAUGACGUUGAGGGGCUGCACAAGGCAUGCUCCGAGAAUUUGAUCCACUCGGAUCGGUUUUCAGGGUAG